UCCUCCCCCCGUCUUCAUUCCUGCCAUCGUUCAAACAAGAGGCAUCUCCUCGUUUGUUAUUAUUCUCUUGCAAAACACAACUAGUACAAAACCGCCUUCCGGACAAGAGCUGCACUGUGUCAAGAUUGAAAAAAAAGGCUCUUCAAAACAUGACGCCAGAAGAGCACCAGCAGCAGCAGCAACACGACGACCAGCAAGACCUUUUGCAUCAGAAAAUCGAGCAUCACAAUUAUACACACGAUGAACAGCAAGACCAACAAUCCUCGACACAGCACAUGCAGCAGCAGCAACAACAGCAAUCACAUGCUGGACACCGAGGUUCGAUCUCGGAAUCCGUAGUCUCUGCCUCUCCCGCUCUGUCCCAUGCAACUGUACCAUCAAACGCUCCUUCCACCAACCCUACAGCCGCCGACUCUUCCGCAGCUGAACUCUUGGAUCGGCUAAAACUUUUUUUGGCGACCGCCCCGACAAAUUGGGAUCCUGAACAAACCAUCAAGCGAUUUGCUUUGCCAAAUGGUGAACACAUCUCCUGCGUCCUCUGGAACAACUUGUUCCACAUCACGGGAACAGAUAUUGUUCGCUCUCUGAUGUUUCGAUUCCAAGGAUUUGGGCGUCCCGUCAAGAAUGUGAAAAAGUUUGAAGAGGGCGUUUUCUCGGAUUUGAGAAAUCUAAAGCCUGGGAUUGAUGCGACUCUGGAAGAGCCAAGAUCAGAGUUUCUCGAGAUGCUGUAUAAAAACAACUGCAUCCGGACUCAAAAGAAGCAGAAAGUUUUCUACUGGUUCUCGGUUCCUCAUGAUCGUCUCUUUAUGGAUGCGCUAGAGCGGGAUCUCAAGCGCGAAGCCUUGGGAAUUGAGCCGACCACAGUUGCCAUCAAUCCAAUGCCGUUGAUUCCCACACUCGAGUUGGCUAAACAACAAUGCCUUCCAACCUUGCAUCUCAAACCUGAUCCUAUGAGUGGACCAGGAGAGAGCACGGUGGUACUAGAUGAGUGGAUAAACGAUUCCCCUAUUGGCGCCGCUCCUGCUCCGCCGCAGGAAGGUCCAAAUGGAUACGUCUUCAACCCAAUGAACUCAUCUCCUCACUCGGCGGCUGGCACGCCAUACCUUACUCAUGCAUCACCGCAAAUGUCGACUGGUAACUCUCCGUCCAUGUCUUCUGUGACAUCGGAAGACGGAGUCCAUGCCCUCCACACCGCCGACGGAGAGUACAUUGUUCCACAGCAACCUGGGGCUGGUAACCCGGGCUUGUUUGGCGUGUUCUCUCUCUUUGAAGGUUCUCCAAACUACAAGCAACGGCGACGAGCACAGUCGCUGUUCAGCUUGAGCAAGGGAUACAAUUCAGGACGUGUCUCUACUCCGGAGCCUGUCACAUCUUCCCCUCUUCGGAGCAAAGAAGGAGAGGAAAAGCGAAACUAUGUCUGCACCUUUGACUCUUGCGGCCGAAAAUUCAAGCGCUACGAACACCUACGUCGUCAUAUGCGCUGCCACACUGGCGAAAAACCAUAUGUCUGUCCUAUUGAAAACUGUGCCAAAGGAUUUUCCCGCUCCGACAACCUGUCGCAGCACAUGAAGAUCCACGGCGGCCAGUUUAGCGGCAAGGCUGGAUCCCCUGCACCCUCGCUACCUGGAAUGGACUAUGGCCCUGAGAUGCACACACAUUCUAUGCCUGCAUCGCCAAUGAUGCACGCCAAUGUAUCUCCAAUGAUGCACCAAAGUCACACGUCUCUGCAUCAACGUUCGCAUUCCCUCCCUGCUUCCCCGAUGGUCCACAACCUCUCCCAUGCACAGAUGCCGACGAUGGCGGCCCAUCAUCAACACCCACAAGGACUCAUCCAGCUCCCUCACCCUCAACAACACACGCACUACAAUCUCCCGCAAGCUCAAAUGACGAUGGCAUACCUACCGCAUCCGUACGCAAUGCACCCGCAAGGAAUGGAAAUCCAACACAUCCAUCCCGCCGCAGCAGCGGCGAUGCAGGGACACUUGUUUGGCGUGACACCUCAACAUAUUCAACAAAUGAAUGGGUCUUCGCCUAACCAGCCAAUGUCGGGCUUUGCCUUUUAGAGCGAGAUCAGAGGCUCUUGUGUGUUUGAAGUGAAUGUACAUAUAUCAACUGUGACAGAAGUCUAAUUUAUCCGAUACAUUUUUUCUUGACGAGUGGAAUACUCGAUCGCAUUUUGAACUGUAAAUAAAAUGAGCUGUUUUUGCAACA